AUGACAUGUGUCAUUGGUCAAUCUAAAGACAUUCAAUGUAUUCCAGACAUGUAUAUUGUUGGGAUAGACAGUGAUACUACUGCAGAUGAUGAAAUCUUUUCUAUUAUUAACCAUUGUUCUCCUGUCCAUGAAUUUGUUACUGUAGAUGAAAAUAAUGAAUUUAUUGUUUCAAAACUACCAAGUGUCAGUACACCUAUCCCUGAAAGAAGUAUUAAACCACUUCCAAAAAAUAUUACUUCUCACUCUAAUUAA